UGAUUAUGAACAAUAGCUGUAGGUAUAUGGAAUAGCAUUUGUCUUGUUGUAGACAUCUGGCGCCACGGCUGUCUGCUUGUCGAAACAAUAGACAUCUGGCGCCGCACUGUCUGCUUGUCUAGUUAAACAAUUGCUGAGUCUGGCGCCGCGACUGUCUGCUUGCGUCUGGCGCCGUAUAGCCGUAUGUUCUGGUAAUUUCCAGACGUGAUAUUCUAGAAGGACACGUCGGCAUCAGCGAGAAGUGCGUGGCUAUAUAAGCCGUGGCAGCGCCAACGUAAUCAAUCAGUGCUAAGAGUAAACUGCUAUAGUGUAGACGAGUUGUGAAAUAAAGAGUUGUUGAAUUAAAUUAAACAGUGUUGAUUUUAUUUGUCAAUCCAGAGAUACGAACCUAACAAAGUAAACUAGCAAGAGUAAAUUCGUAACAAUAUGUUUAAUAACGCGGAUCUGUAUUUUGAAGAUAAUUACGAUGUGGAAACGCGAACUAAUCUUCUUCGACAGCGCCGUUUUAUUAGAGAUAAUUCUAAUCCUACAGAGCUACCUAACACAGUAUUCGUUGCGAAUUUCCGCUUGAACAAGGACGCAUUUAUGUAUGUGCUGAAUAAAAUCAAAGACAAAUUUCAUUGUCGGAUGUCGUCUUCCAUAACGCCCAUGUUAAAAUUGUGUGCCGCACUCAGAUUUUUUGCACAUGGCAGUUACCAACAAGCUAUAGGGAAUGAAUUUCAGUUGGGACUUGCUCAACCAACAGUUUCCCUUAUUUUAAAAGAGAUCAUACCCAUUUUGGAAAAUGAAAUUUGUCGUACCCAUAUAAGCGUAGAUAUGAGUGAAGAAGAAAAGCAGCAGGCAAGGAGCAAAUUUUAUUCAAGAUCGGGAAUACCAAAUGUAAUAGGCUGCAUCGAUGGAACCCAUAUUGCGAUUUAUGCUCCUACCACAAACAAACACCUCUAUCUAAACAGAAAAGGAUUUUUUAGCAUAAAUGCAAUGAUUGCUUGUGAUCAUGAUAUGAAUAUCCGUUUUGUGGAUGCUAGAUAUGCUGGUUCUACACACGAUUCGUUCGUAUGGAACAAUAGUUCUCUGAAGGCAUGUUUAGAGGCAGCGCAUCAAAAUGGAGAUCAGAACUCUAUUUAUUUAGGUGACUCCGGAUACCCACUAAGCCCUUAUUUAUUAACACCUUUCCGUCAUGCAGAAUCUGGAACUAGGGAGUCAAUUUUUAAUAAGAAGCACGCGAAAGCGAGAAAUGUUGUUGAACGUACGAUUGGAGUUUUGAAAUGCCGUUUCAGAUGUCUUCUGAGUGAUAGAAAAAUGCGCUACGAUCCUGCUAAAGUAACAUCCGUUAUUAAUAUAUGCUGCGCCUUGCACAACAUUUGUAAAAAAUUUAGAAUCGGUGAUCCGGAGGAGGCUGAAACCUUCUUUGAUGCCGUUGUACCAUUGGAACCAAUUAAUGAAAAUGGCAAUGGUUCACCAGGAGAGCGCCGCAGAAGACAAAUUGCUGAUGCUCUGAUGUAAAUGAAACUAUACCGACUUCAGUGAAUAAUAUAUUGUAUUCUUUUAUUUUAUUCAAUACUUUGAAAUUCAAUAUUACAUAGAUAAUAAAUAUAUAAAAAUUACAAAAACUACAUGCUUUUAAAUUAAAUUAAAAAAAUCACAGAUUCAAUUCUGUCACUUACAAUAAUAAAGUAAAAAUAAAUUCAUCACAUGUUUUCUUAAAAAAAUCACAGAUUCAAUUCCGUCACUUACAAUAAUAAAGUAAAAAUAAAUUCAUCACAUGGUUAAAAUAUGAAAUAAAAAAAAAUUCAUCACAUUCUUAUGAAAUAAACUAUAAACUAAAUUCAAUCUAUUUACAAGUACCCUAUUUUUUUGCAUUUUUAAUUUUAAAAUUUGUAGUUUUAUUUCCAUCUUUUCUUUAUGUCUUUUUUUUUUCUCUAAAUAUUCUUCCUUCUUCCUUUCUUCUUUCAUUUUCAUUAAUUUAAUUUCUUCCUGUUUAAGUUCAUAAGUUUUUCUUGCAUACCUUGCAAUUUCAUCAACUUUUUUUCCCAUUUUUGCAAUUUUGUUGGAAAGGAUGUCUUGCACUUCGGCUUGCUUUUCCAACGCUUUCAUCCGAAUGACUUCACGUUCCUCUACUGUCAUUCUAGGACGGCUGCUUGAGGAUUGCGAUGCCAAAUCCAUGGCUCGUUGUGUUUCCACGGUCGUGCGCUCUUCUGGCUGAAUUUCAUUAUUAUUUACCGCAGUUUCCACUUCAUUAGAGCCAUACGCUAAGCCUGUAGGAUUUACAGCCGCCUGAAGGUGAAGAAGCUCAUCCACACUUUGCUCUAAUGGAGAUAAACUUUGCUGAGCAUAAGGUCCUCCUCCUGUGGCAACAGUUUCGCGUCGGUUUGUCGCUAUUUUUUUUUUUAGUUUCAGUUUAUAAUCUAACCAAACCUAAAUGCUACACAUAAGUAACUUCAACCAAACAAAUUAAUUAAAUUUUUACCUUAUUCCACUCGCGUCCGUUUCGCAAUGGUGGACCAAUGGCAUUGAGUUCGGCAGCGAACAGAUCCCAUUGCUCUGCCCUGCUUUUCUUCGUCGAUCCAAAAUUCCCCAUUCCUCUGGCGACGUCCGGAUUAUUUUCCAUUAACGCAACCAAUUUUUGAAAUUGUUGCGUUGUUGUACGUUUUGUUCUAGAAGUAUCGUUUUGUUAAAUAUAAUUAAAUAAUUACAUUUGCUCAAAUAACGAUCAAAAUUUACUUACGUCCUUUCCAUUUCAAAUAGCGAAUAAAAAAUACAUUCGUCAAAUUUUGACACUAAUGGCGAAGCGAAUGACGUUUUUUCGCCAGUGGCAAUACCAGAAAUUUAUUUUCGCCACUCGUUCGCCAUUUUCUGGCGAAUUCGUUAGAGAUUCGCAACUUACAAUUCGCCACGGCGAAACUCGCCAAAAUUUUCAUUCGCUUCGCAAGUGACAAUACCCGCCAAAAUCUCAAUUAUUUAGAUUCUCAUCAAAUAGACGGCAAAUUCAGCUAAGACGAAAUGAGACGGUCGACGAGAGUGCAAAUCGCGUAGAGCAGGGAUGGGCACAUUUUUAGCCCGCAAAGUUAGCAAAGUGCGCACGGGGGCUAGAUGAGGGGAAUAUCAGUUUACGGAGAGAAGGGCAUAACAAGUUGAGAAAAAUUGCGAAAAAAAUGAAUUACAUUCCUCCGUAACUUGAUGUUCAUCCCAGAGUGGUUGCGGCAAUACUGACAUUGUACACAAAUUUAAGGGUGGAAGUUUACUUCAUAUCGGAAUUGUACAGUUGUGUGAACAAAAAGGGGUAAACAUAAUUUGCAGAGUUUAGAGUUUCGCAUUAAAAUUUGUUUUUAUUUACCUUUGCAUGGUGGGAAAUUUUAAUCACUGUUAGGAAAAAAUAUAUAUAUGUGAUGUUAUGUAUCUAAAAACAAUUUUAUUUAAUAAGAAAACAGCAUAUUUUAAAACUUCACAA